AUGAAUAUUACGAUCAAGAGAGGACUCGUAAGCUUAACGAACAGAGCCUCGUGUUAUUCCUUGCGUCGCUUGUUCUGUUCCCGCACUGCUGCUGACGUGGACAUCCCCACUUUGCUUCAGCCCAGAGUAGUAAUAUACGACGGCGUUUGCCGCCUCUGCCACCGAGGAGUAAAAUGGGUAAUCAGAGCAGAUAAGGACAGAAAGAUCAAAUUCUGUUGCGUUCAGUCUAAUACUGCUGGGCCUUACUUGAGAGCUUGUGGUCUUGAACAAGAGGAUGUCCUCCGUCGCUUUUUGUUCGUUGAAGGCCUGAAUGUAUACUCGCAGGGAUCUACUGCUGCAUUGCGAGUACUGUCAUACUUGCCACUACCUUACUCUGCUUUAAGCUCACUCUGGGUGAUUCCAACUCCACUCAGGGAUGCUGUCUAUGAUUACGUGGCAAAACAAAGAUAUGAAUGGUUUGGUAAGGCUGAAGAAUGUUUGGUUUUGAAAGAGAAAGAGCUACUCGAGCGUUUCAUAGAUAGGGAUGAAAUUUUGAGUCAAGGUCAAGAUUCAUAG